AUGGAUCAAGUCAUGCAGUUCGUCGAGCCUAGUCGGCAGUUCGUCAAGGACUCCAUAAGGCUGGUAAAGAGAUGCACGAAACCCGAUAGAAAAGAAUUCCAGAAAAUUGCGAUGGCCACAGCGAUUGGGUUCGCCAUCAUGGGUUUCAUUGGAUUCUUCGUCAAACUGAUCCACAUCCCCAUCAACAAUAUCAUUGUGUAA